CGGCUUCCCCUUUCACUAGCUGCCUCUAGAUGGCGUCGCUCUCCCUUGGAAUGGCGAUGGGAGCCGCUCCCAUCGCCGUGGCCGCCUCCCGCCUCUCCUUCUCUCAAACUGAGACACUCGCCGGUAGCUCAUCCUGCCUCUCAGUCUCUCCCCACACGGUCUCUGCGACCCUCUCCACAGCGCUCCCUGUUCCUCCUCCCCUCUACAUAUACUGUGGCAGAGGAGACAAGAAGACUGCGAAGGGGAAGCGGUUCAAGCACUCCUUCGGAAACGCGCGUCCUCGGGACAAGAACAAGGGCAGAGGCCCCCCUCGGGCUCCGCUGCCGCCUUCGCCUCCCAAGAAGGACAAGUUCGACGACGGGGAGAUUGUCAGAAUUGAAAUCGAUGAGUCCCUCUUCUCCUAAGAUAUAUCCUUUUGUUGUGAAACCCGAUUUUUGUGCUUGCUUAGGCGAAACCGUGAUUGUUUAUUAAAAGCUCAGAUUUUGAUGCGAGCAACAGUGCGAUUCCUUUUGCAUCUUUGAUAACAUUUGGUCCUGAUGAAAGCAAGGUUAGGAUUAUGAUUGUGCAGAGCAAUUGCAUGAACUAUUUUCUGAGUUAAUGCUAUUUGUGUGGCCUCCUAAUCUUUAA